AUGUCACAGAGAACACCAUAUGGUCAAGGGGGACAUUCAUCUCCUUCUGAUGUGAGAUUUGAUUCCCCUAGCCCACAUACACCUCACUCCUACGCUGAUGGGCCUUCUUCCACGCUUGUUGAGGUUGGGGGUUCAUCAACGCCCCCUGCUCCCCGUCAAAACUGUAUCAUGAUACGUCCCUUGGGUUCCUCGUUUGAUAACAUUUGGUGCAAACGAGAUAUAACACGAAUAAUUCAAAGUAAGUUUGAGAAGCCAUACACAAGCUGGAAAAAGACAGACCCUGCUGUUAGGGAUAUGUGGUUUGGCGAAUUUAAGAAGAGGUGGUCUUGGGAGAGUGAAUUGGAAAAUCAAAUAAGGAUAAAUUUUGAAAAGACAGCCUCUGAUCGUUUGACUGACCUUUUGUUCCGUGUGAGGAGGGAUUUGACAAAAAAACCAUCUUGGAUGUGUCCUGUUGUAUUUGAAGCACUCAAGGAGUAUUGGAAUACUCCAGAAUUUAAGAGCAAAUCAGAAAAGGCAAAGAAAAAUCGGUCUUCAGAUAUUGGUGGUAGUAAGCACACUUGUGGUUCCAUCCCUAUGUCUGAACAUAAGAAGCGACUGUCUAAGCUAUUAGGUCGUCCACCUACGCAGGCCGAGUUAUUCAUUGCAACACAUCAAAGAAAAGAUAAUUCAGGAUUUGUUGACAGCAGGUCCGAGGAAACUUAUGCUGACUUUCAGAUGCGGCAAGCAUCAUCACAAUCAUCAGCAGUUGGCCCGACAGAAGAUAGUGACGCUGCUGGACAGCCCUCGCAGGCAGCUUUAGAUGAGACAUCAUUAUGGUUGGAGGUUGCAGGCGGGAAAAAGAAGGGUCGUGUGUAUGGCAUGGGAUCUGAAGCACAUGUCAUCCCUGGCUCUUAUCAUGUGUUGUCGCCACCGCCACCGCCACCGCCUCCACAAUCAUCAAUUUCACUCGUUGAUCAAAUUCAACAAGCUGUUAGUUGCGCUAUUAAUGCAGCUAUAGAACCAUUUAAUCAUCGUUUGUCAGCUAUAGAAGAAAGGUUUCAUAACCCUUCUUCAUCGUCGCCGCCCUCGGAUCAUUAG